CCGAUAGAGAAUAGGUAUCUUCCUUCGUUUGUUAGACAAGUUCACGUUAUUCAUUGUUUGUAUCCGGCACUAGUCACUCAGUCAAGCACUGUGUAGUGUAUGUGUCCCACAGUCUGACGUACAGUUCUUUCUAUUCCCACUCCAGGCCGUCAAUCAUUUCCCUCUCGCGCCUUCUAUCCCACAGCUUACAUGCACCCAAGAACAACCGUUCUUUUUAUAGAGUCUCCUUUCCCCCUCUGCAUCAUAGAAAAGCCAAAGAAAGCUUCCUAUUCUCAUUCCUUCUUCCACACCCGUCCUUCCAUCGUCCACCUACUCUUCUCGUUACCCUGCCCCUCUAGAAUCUUCUAGUGAAACAACAACACACUUCAGCAUGCGUGUCACUAGCUUACUUCCGGCCUUGCUGGCCGCUAUUCCUGUCGUGUCUGCUAACAGGGGCACCCUGGGGCUCGCCUUGGGCAACAAGAACGCUGAUUCUCAGUGCAAGACGACGAGUGACUACGAAGCCGACUUUGAAGCUCUUAAGGGCGUGACUAAUUUGGUUCGCACCUAUUCGGCAAGCAACUGCGCGACCGCCCAGAAUAUCAUUCCCGCUGCAAAGGCCAAGGGAUUCAAAGUCCUUCUGGGUGUCUGGCCUGACUAUGACCAAUCUUUCGAUGAGGACUUCAACGCUCUGAAGCAGUAUGUCCCCGGAAAUGAAGAUGUCGUGACUGCCAUUACCGUCGGCUCGGAAUGUCUCUACCGCGGAAAUAUCACUGCCCAGAAACUCCUAAGCCGGAUCCAACAAGUGCAGAACCAGUUCAAGACGGUGACUGUCGGUACCGUUGACAGCUGGAACAAAUUUGCAGAUGGCACAGCUGAUCCCAUCAUUCAAGGGGGAGUCACUUACUUUUUGGCCAACGGGUUCGCAUACUGGCAGAAUAAGGAUAUCAACAACGCUCCUGCAACCUACUUUGAAGACAUGUCACAGGCCGAGAACCACAUUAAGCAGAUCGCUGGUGCUAAUGCAGGCAAGAUCCGCUUUGGAAACGGGGAGACGGGCUGGCCUACCGAUGGUGGAUCCGACUAUGGUGCUGCCAAAGCUGGCACCAAGAAUGCCGAGCAGUAUUAUAAGUCAGCUGUGUGCAAAAUGCUGGCCAAAGGCACUGACGUCUUUUACUUCGAGGCCUUUGAUGAGGCUUGGAAGCCCAACAGUACCGGCGACAACGGCCAGUCCAUGGAUGAGAAGCACUGGGGACUUUUUACCGCCGACCGCAAGGCCAAGUUCGAUAUGACUUGCUCGAAUUAGAGUGCUGCUCGAUAUUCGCGGAAAUCUCACGCACAUUAAUCUGUCCUCUUUUAGCCAUGUAUGUAUUAUUUGUCGGACAUAACGGAAAGCUUGUACUGGGACUGGACUUGUGAGCAUCUAAUAGUUGUCGAAUAUCAAAAGAUACCCAAGAUCCGAAGACAAGCCCAUAAGACAUAAGUAGCGCCGAAGCGGGCUUGCAAGGAUCCGUUUACAGGAUACUCGGGGAUGCAGUUGGAUUUGCAACCCUCCUCCAAUGGAGCGAUAAGGUACAGG